GCAAAAAAUUCCUCUCUAUGGUGAAUGACUUUGUCUUUGUUGAAAAAGUGAGCGUGGAGAAAAAAAAUCUUAAAUAACGAACAAAAUGAACAUAGAAAUCUCUAAGGUUGAUAUGAGCAGUGCAGCCGAAGUCGGCACAAUGGAAUCACAAAAAGGAGGAAGCAGUUAUUACGGAUCAUCGAGCCGUCAUGGUCCAGUUUUACUAAAAGCACUUGAGUUGAUCUUGGCAGCAAUUUGCAUCGGUUUGAUCGACGACCCCGCCAACAAUUCACGCGUCAGAAUAUUUUUGGCGCCACGAACAAUCGCUCUCGGUUACGCCACAUUCGGAGGCUUCAUCAUCAUUUGCGGCGCUUACAUUUUGGGAAAAGUGUUCAAGGAUUCUGUUCCAUGGAAAGUCACUUCCCUCAUUAAUUUCGUCGGAUUGUGUCUCUUUUUGGCGACCGGUGCUUGCAUCUUGCGCGAUUGGUCCGACAUUAAGACACGUGGCUACUGGCCACCGAACACCACAAGGUACUCCUAUUUCAUGAUGGACUUGAUUGUGACAUGCGGCUCGCUGUCGAUCGUCACAGCGGCACUUUUCAUCCUGGAUUUGCUGGUGAACGUGCGAUUGGGAGCCCGCGGCGAAAUUGAAUAAACUGGAUGGCGACAUUUAGCAACGCAAAGGACGGCAAACAUCAUCAACGACUUAAAAUAUCAUCACAAAAGCACACAAAAUUCUCUCUUUUUGACACAAAUUUUUAACUAAGAGCAAAAAAAUUAAAAUUAAUGGUACAAUAAUGGCGUAGAAAAUUCUAAACAAAAAAAAAUCGAAGAAAAUUCACAAUUUUAUCAACUUAACACUAUCCGUCCGGCAAAAACUUAUAAAAAAAAAUUCUUAAAAAAAUCGCUUAACAAAAAAUGAAUCUCU